CCUCAUUGAAGUCGCCGGGUUCCACCGACACCGAUAUAUAAAAGGCAGUGUAGAGCCAUUGAAUAUUUGUAAGUGCGUAUAAUCCGUAUCUCAACAAUUACAGAUAAUCAGUAACCACCAAAAAUCACAAAUCGCGUUGAACUUCCCAUCCACACUUCACCAUGUCUUCACCAAACUCCGCUCAGCUCCCAAGCACCUACAAAGCACUAGUCUUUGAAUCAGCCUCUAUCAACCCCAAAGUAACCUCCCUCCCGUCCCCAAGGCCAGGUCCUGGCACAGUCAUCGUAAAGCCGCUCUACAGCUGGGUAUUCAACUACGCAGCCGACAUCUUCACCAACGGCAACCCACGCAACUACCCCAUCUCCUUCCCCAUCAUCGGCGGCGGCAACGCCAUCGGCCGUGUCGCCGCCACAUCCGCGGAUACCCGGAACCUCACGGUAGGCGACCUAGUCAUAGUUGAACCCAUCAUUAAAGAGCGCGAUGGCGCACACCUCCCCAACACACGGGGUCUCGGCCUCUCGGAUAACGGGACGUGGGCGGAGCUCGUGCAGAUCCCGCUCGAGAAUGCGAUGCGCGUGGAUGAGGCCGCGCUCAAGCGGAACGGCAUCGCAGUGAAAGAUGUCGCGUUCUACGCGCAACUCGUAGUUCCCUACGGCGGGUUCCGCGACGUGGGUCUGACGGCGGGGGGAACGGUGCUGAUCACGCCGGCGACAGGUAAUUUCGGCGGCGCGGCGGUGCACGUCGCGCUUGCGAUGGGGGCGCGCGUGAUCGCCAUGGGGCGCAACGAGAAGAUCCUCGCGGAACUAAAGGCGCUGGCGCCGGGGCGGGUAGACACGGUUGUGUUCAGCGGGGACCUCGAGGCUGAUGUGGCCAGCAUCGCAAAGUACGGUCCCGUCGACGUGUUCCAGGACUUGACACCACCGAUGGCGACGAAUACCUCGCAUAUCCAGGCGGGGAUCUUGUCUGUGCGGACAAACGGCCGCGUCAACCUGAUGGGGAAUGUGAAGGAUUUGGAGAUCCCGUAUCGCGCGGUCGUGUACCGCGGGUUGAGGAUACAGGGGACUUUGAUGUACACGCGCGAACAGGCCUUGGAUAUGCUUAAGUUGAUUGAGACGGGGACGCUGAAGCUAGGCCCUCAGGCGGGGUUGACGACGAAAAGGGUCUUUAAGCUGGAGGAUGGGGUUGCUGCGCUUGAGUUUGCGGCGAAGGAGGCGGGCGCCGGGAGGGCGGUCUACUUUGCCCCGAACGAAGAAUGAGUAAUAGGCUGUAGCUAUUAUUCGAUGACUGUGCGCAGAAUAAAUCAAACGGUUUACGAAUUUUUCAUGGGUUUGGUCGUAGUUGGGUUCUAAUGACUUGGCUAACCAAAAUGAAAUCUUUUUGGAUUGGGUGGGUACCAAUUUUGUGAGGCUAUUCGGGCCCAUAUAUUUAUACAUACCCCAUAAAACAUGGUGGUUGGUGUCCACAAUAUGGUUGAUCAUCCAGAUAUCUGGGUGGCUUUUUGUACUGUGCUUAAAGUCUAGCUAGACCUA